AUGAGCACCUUGAAAAUAUGUUCCCUGCUCUCCAGCAGCGAGGAUGGCUUUAAUGCCAUGCAGCGCGAAUUCGACCAUUUUCCCAACGGGAUGACAAUGGAUGUCUUUCGCGAGGUGCUGUCCCGCCACAUGGCGAUGAAGAGAGGGCGGACGGUUGGCUGUGGGUGGCUUCAUGCCCCACGGUCAACUGUGAGGAAUACAAGAGAAGAAUCCCGCAUAGGUUUGCGGAGUGUCGUCAAGUCUGCGGUGUCAAGCGUCAAGAACCAUACCUCGACGCUCUCGUCACACAACAUUGACGCCGUUGUAUCAACGAUACAGCAGGAAGGUGUGUUGGACGCGCUGCACGACAGCUAUCGCAUGUCACUGAGCGUGCCAAGGCGCUCAUCGCGCCAACGUUUGGAUGAGUAUACAGAUAUCAACGCUUUUGAAGUGCUUUUUAAAAAGAUCGACGGCGAUGGAGACGGCUUUAUUUCAUGGGAUGAUGUACUGCAGCUGGCCGUGGAAGAAGCCACACAAAGCAUCACUAUCAUGACAGAAGAGAUGCGAUCGUACUCAUUUUCGCGGAAUUCACCUCGGAUGAAACUCAUCCAGGUGGUUCAUGCGCUUCCUCAACACAAGUCGCUCUUUGCUGCCGUUACACGCGCUGACCCACUCAUGUUGUUGAGUCGGAGAGAUUUUAGCGUGGUCAAGAAGUUCAGCUCCAAAGAUCUUGGAGACACGCACCCGCAGUUGAUUGAAUACCUGCCUCACCCAGAUGUUUUAUUAGCCUAUUCGCCGUACGACAAGACAAUUCGUGGGUGGUGGAGCGUGGUCUCUUGCAAUCGCAUGGGAACGCUGAACCCGCUUGUUUUAGAUGAUGCACUCCGCCGAAUUCGCACGCAGCCCAGGACGAUGCCGCACUCCUUUUUUACUGGUGGUAGCCACGGCAGUGUUGUGCACUGGCAAGUACCCAGGCAGCGAUCUGUGAUGGAAGUGUCACAGGCGCGCAUAUACGGAGGACUGCAUUCUCGCGACGCCGGUGGCAUCACGGAUUUCGCACUGACUGAUGAAUGGCUACUCUCUACAGGGUUUGAUCACCGACUGCUAUCGACAAACCUAGAGACGGGUCGCUCCAUUCUUAUUGGGCGCCCGCGUGAGACAAUUCGCUUUGUAGAGUACAACCGUCAAUACGCUUGUCUGCCGUGUGUAACAUACUCGAAUCGGCUCAUGUUGUGGGAUGUCCGUUCUUCUGCGGUAACUCCCGGAGCCGUUUUUAGGGACGAUUCGGCAAAGCAGCACAUGGCAGAGGUGAUCGGGCUGUGCAAUGCUCUAGGACUACCGCAGGUUGUUACUACUGAUAGCGCGGGUUGGGUGAAGAUUUGGGACCUGCGCAUGCUUCGCUGCAUGCAAACGUUGUAUGCAGAUGGUAGUGUGGGGGAUGAACUCAACGUGGACUUUAUAUAUGGAGAUCAGGUGAGUUACCAGGACACCGAAUCUCUUGCGCAUCGCGCUGUACGUAAGGGUGAUGCGCGGUGUAUUCGGUCUCUUGGUUACUUUCCGUCCACACAAGAAAUUUUGUGUAGUUCAUCUGAGGCUAUUUAUUGCCUUCGAUACAACCAUCGACUUGAUGGCCGUGUCGCUGACGUUGAUGUCGUGCAAUCCGCAUACCAUGACUUGCGACAAGGGACUAUUAUUCUCCAGGGCGCGACGCGCACAUCGGUGUGGGACGCUGUGGAUGGUUUCCGGAAGCGCGUCUUUGACCGUGCCGUUUGCUCCGACGUUCCGUACUGGCAGCAGGAGGUCCUCGCCAUGUGCCUUGACCAUCCACGGAGUCGCGCCUUCUUCGCCGUUGCAGAUGGUAUGGUGGAAGUUCGCUCGACCAAGACCUUUGGAUUGGUGGAUACGUUUCGGAUGCAUGAAGCCAAGGCACAGGAGAUGAUGUUCACCACGCGGCAUAAUUUUCUUGUGAGCAUUGCAGUAAACGGAACUCUCACUCUUCGUCGGGAGAACGAUGCUGGGGUUUCCUCCACCACUAUUGGGGUCUCCUCUCAGCCUUUACGUGCCUUGACGUUAAGCGAUGAGGUAGGCCUUAUUUGCUGCUGCGAUGACUGCAACCUCUUCUUUGUGGAUUUUAAGCAGGUGAAGAUGCACCCUUUCUCUAUUUCAGUGAGUCGACCUGUGCGUGCCAUGGCGAUGCUCGGCAAAUUUCCGGUGCUGGCAACAGGCAGUGAUGAUGGCGAGCUCGCCCUAUGGUCGACACCACCUGCGGAGGAAAGUCACGCGCAACUGGUGUCCCUUUUUAUUGGUCAACCAGAGCCAACAGCGCCACGUAGAGCUGCAGAGAAAACAGGAGGUGCUUCAAUGUGUACCGUGCCGUUGUCUCAACACUCCGUGACUACAGCUGGAAGCCCUACGGGGUCACCACCACUACCACCACAAACAACUGAACCCGAGGAGUGUACUCUUCGUAAUGGGUCUCCGGAUAUAUUGAAUGUGAACAAAAAGAAGCUUGGCUUCGAUGCGUUGCUCCGUCUCAUUGCUGCAGACGACCAGAUGAACGGUGGUCUUUCUGCGAUAGCCUGUGACGAUAUUUCACAUCGCCUGUUUGUGGCUGAUCAGAAGGGUAAUUUAUUUAUCUAUUCACUUUGCCCGUUCCUGCAGGCAUUUGGCAUUCAGCCUUGCUCCUUUGAGAACAGAACUCGAUAUCAACUUUGUGGGGUAAACAGAAACGAUAGUGCGUCAUACAUACCACAUAUUUUGCACAGCGCUUCUGUGCAUAAGAGUCCUGUGAACUACAUGUCUUGGUUUCCUGCAUUGAGUGCCAUCAUUUCGUGUGGUGCCGAUCACUUGGUAAAGAUACUCGAUCAUGAUGGAAAGGAGACCGGGCAACUACUCAUGGACCGGCUUCCACCUGGACGCAUACUAGAGGACGCGGAGGAUGUAGAUCAUGCAGAGCAUUGGGUAAGGGUCUCAGAAGAGUCGGUGAUCCCCUUCUCCCUACCAAUCCCUAUAUCCGGAUUGACGGUGCGUCAUAGUUGUCCAACAAUGGCAGCCCGGGUUGGUGUAUGUCAUAGCUCCGUACAGCAUGAGUCUUCAAAAGGGAUGUCACUACUGCCUGUGCUGACCGGGCGGCCCGGUGGCAGCGUUGUGUCGUGGGGAAUGACGGAGCCGCCAGCGGUGCAGCUUGGAGAAGUUAUAAGCGGUAUCCAUGUAGAAGAUGUUGGCGUAGUACAGAGCAAGAUCGCAGCGCCAUUUCCCGCCCCCGAAACGGCACGCCUGGUGGCACUCGAAGAGAAGAAGCAGUGGCGCCCACAGAAGGAGAAGCCGCGCGCAUUUCGAGAGCGAGAUCACGAAUCGCCACCUCGUUCUUUGUACGCCGGUAUCGAAAACUCCGCAACCGGCGCAGGGACACGGCAACGAGGUCGGUCCAUCCCAGAGGUGUUGGUUCAGUCAACCGAGUGGUGCAAGCCUGUCAGUCUGCCUACUACCUUGGUUCAUGAAAAGAAGUCACGAGUUGGAACCUCGGCGCAGCCGAACGAUGACGGAAACUCCAUAGCAAGGUUGACUGCAUUCAGUGAAGGGUUGUCGCUUUGCGGUGUGUCCAUGACGCCUUCGGAGGGUGGUGCGUUGAGAUCAUGUGGGUUGCCACCACAGCAGCUGAAAUUGGACUCGUCUGAGUCGCGACGGAAUGGAAGGAAGUCUGCAAGGAGGGGUGAAAAGGGGAAGCUGCAACCCGCAGCAUCAACGCGUCCAGAGACAGGGGACACUGUAGCAACUGAACGUAUCGAACCGUUGCUUGAAAGUGCAUUGCGUGCGUACGAAAAAGAGCUUCAUCGCUGUAUCCGCGGCAAACUUGGAAAGGAGCGUCUUUAUAGGGGCGUGGAUAACGCAGGCAGCCCCACAGCUUUUACGCCACGCAGUGCAACUGGGGGAAGGAGAUAG